AUGAAUUCUUCACGGAAUUUAUAUUCAUCACACGACAGUGUACUAAUUAGUGAUGAGACUUCGUACAUCGUCUCCAGUGUCUUUUUAAGGUCGGGUCUACAGGUAGUGCUUCGAGUUUUUGGCGCCAUAACGAACUUGUUGAACAUCAUGGUAUUUCUAAAACUUGGACUUGCAGACGGUAUCAUGGUUGCCUUCUUCAGCCUGGCUGUUGCAGAUUUUCAUUACCUCUUCAUAUUCCUCAUCUCCAUACUUCUUGAAAUGGCAGAAAAAUAUUUUGGACUCAAAACUUACGUGAAUUUAACUUACGUCGGAUUGGUUGUUAUGUACUGUUCUUUGAUGUUUUUGGAUAUUUCCGUUUUUGUGACUAUUUAUAUCUCAGUCCAAAAAACUUGCUGCGUGGCUGUGCCCUUCAUUUUUAAAAUAAUUUUCACCCGUUCCCGCUCCAUUUAUAUCAUUGCUUGCAUUUACAUAGCAACUUCAGUCUACUAUCUACCGUUAAUAGCAAGAUUUAGCGGUGAAUUUAAAGUUAUCUACUUUCCUUUGGUUAAUAAAACGAGAGUUCAAUUUAUAUUCACGCCUUCUGUAAUAGCAAUGACGAAUGUUUACACCACAAUAAGUAAAACUAUUCUGCCAAUGAUAUCACAGGCAGUUAUCCUUAUAUGUUUAGUUGUCAUGUGUGCAUACCUAAAGAAGAUAAUAACGUUUCGGCGAUCAGCAAAUAUGUUUCAAAACAAAGAUGGCCACCGGAAACAAAAGGACAGAACUGACAAUAAGGAGAUCAGAGUAACUCAGGCUGUCAUUGUUGUAGCAACGGCGUUUGUCAUUGCCAACCUCCCUUUGGUAUUAAUUUACAGUGUCAACCUUUCAUUGCCGGAGUUCUCGAACCUGGGACACUACCGCAACCUGUUCCGGCUCUGUGGAGAUAUCAGCGACACCUUGUUUAUUCUCAGCUCGUCGGUGAAUAUUCUUGUGUAUGUAAAAUUUAACACAAAAUAUCGAUUGCAGUUCAGAUCGUUGUUCUGUUAG